AUGGCUGCCUUUCUACCACACCCUUGCCUACAAAACGUCUUUAAUCAUUUAUCUCAGGACUCGAAAACCUUAUAUUCGUGUGCUCUUGUCAACACUCACUGGUGUAUAUCUACAAUUCCGGAAUUAUGGCGAGAUCCAUUCAAAUCUUGUAUCAAACUACGUGAACCAUUUCGACUCACACCUCUAGUAAACACCUAUGUCUCGUUUCUUUCUCCGGAGAUACUCAAGAGCCUCAGGAUUUCUCCAAAAAUUAAACAACCAACCUUUUUUAAUUAUCCAGUUUACCUACGUAACAUCAACCUGAAUUCAAUUCACGGAGGCGUUGAACAUUGGUGUGACUCGAUUAGCAGUCGGGAUACUGAACAAGUCCUAGUCGAAUUGGAGAAAAUUACACAGUUGUGCAAAGCCCUGUGUGAAUAUUUUCUUUACCAUGCUUCGAGGAUUGAUCAUUUCGACAUAGAAUAUGCGGAUUGGUUUAACAUCUUUGAUCUUGAAAAACCGAUUAAAUCUUUAUCACAGAUCAAGAGUUUCGGAUUUAAUAACGAGUAUUUUCCUAAUCAGUUUAAAACUCUUACUUCCAUUACUAACAGUAUUCAGGACUUGAGUAUAAGUCUAAAAGACUUUAGAAUCAAAUACAAGAUCAUCGAAGAUAUAAUUACCCUUAUUAAAGCUCAGAAUCGCUUAUCAAAUAUUAAGAUUUGUAUUCCCUUCACCAAUCUAUCUCAAAGUCUUUGGGAUAACUUGGUCUCAUCACGGCACGUCAACUCCAUACAAUCUAUUGAAUUCAGUGAGAUUGUUUUUGACCCGGACAAUACAUCUUUGCUCUUAGAACUAUCCAAAUUUCGAAAUUUACGUCACUUGAGGAUUUACAAAUGCAGGAAUUUCGAUGGCGAUGUGCAAAAGGUUACUGAUCCUUCAGCAUUCAGUAAUCUUCGCAAGAUCUUCGUGUAUAAAAUAGGCGUAAAACCGGAAGUCUUACAUUUGUUGCUAGAAAAAUCCGGAAAUAAUCUUACCGAGAUCGAGUUACAAGAUCAUAUCAUUGAUGGAUUCGAUGAUAUAGCAAAUUGGUGUGGAGCUUAUUGUAAGAAUCUUAGAAAAUUCGUGGCAUCGAUUCAAAAGCAUCAAAUUGACAGUAUCAUUAAGCUUUUAAGAGGGUGCAGGAAUCUUGAAUAUUUCCAUAUUUAUGACGGGAAACUUAUAUUUGAAAACGAAGAUGAUCCUUGGCCGGCAUAUUCUCCACCCGAGUUGGAGUUAUUCCAAGCAAGCGGCUUCUUGGAGGAAUUUGGAAAAAAUGUACCGAAGACACUUAGAGUUAUUAAAAUUUGGAUGAAUUGGUUGAUUACCCUGGAAGGCUUUGAGAGAUUUGUUGGAAACUGCGUGAGCAAUGCUUUAAAGCUGAAGGUGAUGGAGUUCAGACACUGCGUUGGGUUCAGAAAUUCUCACAAGGACGUUAUCAAAAAAUAUUUGUGA